GGGCGCCCUUCAUCCCCCGCCGCUGCGCUCAGCCGGGAGCAGAGCGGAUAGCACCCGCCGGAGCGGAGCACCGCGCGUCCCCAACUGUGAGGCCAGUGUAAGAGCUAGUGUUCCGGUGGUGGUCCCCGAGCCAUGGAGGCACCUCUGCAGAUGGAGAUGGUGGAGCUGGUGCCCAACGGCAAACACUUGGAGGGGCUACUCCCAGUUGCCACCCCGACGGCCAGCAACCAGAGGGUCGAGGGCCCCGGACGGAGCUGUGUUGAGGGCGAGGGCUUCCUACAGAAAAGCCCCAGCAAGGAGCCACAAUUCACCGACUUUGAGGGGAAGACUUCAUUUGGGAUGUCAGUGUUCAACCUCAGCAACGCCAUCAUGGGCAGUGGCAUCCUGGGGCUCGCCUACGCCAUGGCCAACACGGGCAUCAUCCUUUUCCUGUUCCUAUUGACGGCUGUUGCCCUGCUGUCCAGCUACUCCAUCCACCUGCUGCUCAAGUCCUCAGGGAUCGUGGGCAUCCGUGCCUAUGAGCAGCUGGGCUACCGUGCCUUUGGGACCCCGGGAAAGCUGGCGGCAGCCCUGGCCAUCACACUGCAGAACAUUGGAGCCAUGUCCAGCUACCUGUACAUCAUCAAGUCCGAGCUGCCCCUUGUCAUACAGACCUUCCUGAACCUGGAGGAGCAAACCUCGGACUGGUACACGAAUGGGAACUACCUGGUGAUCCUGGUCUCUGUCAUUGUCAUUCUGCCCCUGGCACUGAUGCGGCAGCUUGGCUACCUGGGUUAUUCCAGCGGCUUCUCUCUCAGCUGUAUGGUGUUCUUCCUAAUUGCAGUCAUCUACAAAAAGUUCCACGUGCCCUGCCCACUGCCCCUCCAUUUUGCCAACAUCACGGGCAACUUCAGCCUCUCGGAGGUCAUCAAGGAAGAGGGACAGCUGCAGAUGGAGACAGACACCACGGCCUUCUGCACCCCGAGCUACUUCACGCUCAACACACAGACGGCGUACACCAUCCCCAUCAUGGCCUUCGCCUUCGUCUGCCACCCUGAGGUGCUGCCCAUCUACACAGAGCUCAAGGACCCCUCCAAGAGGAAGAUGCAGCACAUCUCCAACCUGUCCAUCGCCGUCAUGUAUGUCAUGUACUUCCUGGCCGCCCUCUUCGGCUACCUCACCUUCUACGACGGGGUGGAGUCGGAGCUGCUGCACACCUACAGCAAAGUGGACUCUUUUGAUGUGCUGAUCCUGUGUGUGCGCGUGGCCGUGCUGACAGCGGUCACACUCACAGUGCCAAUCGUUCUGUUUCCGGUGCGCCGCGCCAUCCAGCAGAUGAUGUUUCAGGACCAGGAGUUCAGCUGGCUGCGGCAUGUGCUCAUUGCCCUUAGCCUGCUCACGUGUAUCAACCUGCUGGUCAUCUUUGCCCCUAACAUCCUGGGCAUCUUUGGGGUCAUUGGUGCCACAUCUGCCCCAUGCCUCAUCUUCAUCUUCCCUGCCAUCUUCUACUUUCGCAUCAUGCCCACUGAGAAGGAACCUACAAGGUCUACGCCCAAAAUCCUGGCCCUUUGUUUUGCUGCACUUGGCCUCUUGCUGAUGACCAUGAGUUUGAGCUUCAUCAUUAUUGACUGGGUCUCGGGGACCAGCCAGCACGGAGGAAGCCACUAGGAUGACCCCCCCAUCCUAUUCGGUCUACUCACCCUAGUCCCCUUGCCCAGACUCUUCAGCGCCUGCUCCCAUCCAGUGGCCAGUCAGGUGGAGGAGAAAGAUGUGGUGAAUGCUAUGGCAUUUGGCCCUGUCCCACGUCCUUUCUGUCGAGGUUUUUGUUAGAGCCAGGACCAAGGCCCUUGGGCCACUGCCCUGCUGAACUCCUGGGAUACAGGGGCUUCCUGAGCUGGGAGCAGGGCAGGGCUGUACCGCUGCUCCCUUCCUGUUGCCUCAGAUCCCACCCAAGCCCCUUAGCCUCUUUGCACAGGUGUAGACACUGAGGUCACACCACCUGUAGGGGCACAUAGAGCUGAACCAGGUCUGUGGUCACCCCCCUACUUUGUUGCUGGGGCCUCAUCUCCCUCGGCCCUCUUGCCUUUCCUCCUUCUGUCCCCGAGGCCCCUUUCAGGCAUUUGGGUUCAGGCCCUUGGAUACUCUAGUCCCCUUCUCCCAUUCCUCCACCAGGAGCAGACCUCAUCACCUUAGACCUGGGGCCAGCAGGUUCUUUUGAGGGUUUGCCUGGUUUGGGCGCCCCCAAGGGACCCCUGCCCUGGCCCUUCCCCAGUCCUGGGGAGGCUGGGACUCCCCCCACCCCAAGCCCGGGCCGUAGCUCACAUUCCACUGCUGGGAGAAGAAAGAGGCUGGGGCCCAGAGCAUCUCUGUCCCUGGGAGCUAAAGACCCCAGGUGCCAGUCUAGGGCAGGGGUGGAGAUGCUGGCAGCCCCCUUUUAUAAAUAUUAUACAUGAGACCAACUGUGUUCUACAUUCUUGAGCUCCAUGGUCCCUGAGUUCCUGGGAAGUGGGGUGGGGGGUCAGGACGUGGAUGGGGAUGGAAGGCCGUCCUGCCUCUUUUCCUGGCUUGAGGGUGGGGACAGGGUGAGUCCCCUGCUGCACCCUGCCCCCUGCCUCCCAAACCAACCAGGGCGUGCUCAGACCCAGCUCUGGACCCGGGCCAGGCUCAGCACAGACCUGCUUUCUCACGGGGUGAGGUGGGGAGGAAUUAAUGAGGCCCCAGGAAAUGGGACAGAGAGAGGCCUCCGGAAGGAGGCAACGUGAGGUGCAUCCCCAGCAGCUUCAGGAAGGGUCUGAGCAGGAGGCAGCUGAGCCCUGUGGAAGGGCCCCCUGCCCUCCCUGGCUGCCACGUCAACUCUCUGUCAGUGCUUCGAGUCUGGGGACAAAAGUCCAGGGAUCUUAUGCCCUGUCAGGCUAACUUGUUAUUAAUAGUAAAACUGCUGCGAAUAAAGGUGGGUUACUGAGUGCCUGUA